ACUGAACUCAACAUCAGCGUCUACCUAGAGCCUAUUGCUCUGUAGAAACGAUGUCACAGCCUCGCACAGCGUCUCAAAUGCCUGUGCGGACGAGGUCGCGCUCACCUACUUCCCGGCCGACGACUCCUCUCCGCCCUUCGUCGCGUUCCUCAUUCCGUGCCUCCGUCCACCAAAAUAAUGGGAUCUUCACGGGGCCUGGAUUGCCGCUCGACUCGCUGGAGCCCCAGUUCGCAGAAUUAAGUGAUUCGAUGGCUGACCUGGAGGCGAAUUUGAUGCACUUGCAACUCAUGCACGAGAGUCUCAGUCGGUUUGGGGAGAGUUUUGCCAGUUUCUUGUAUGGGUUGAAUAUGAAUGCCUUUGUUGUUGAUUUCCCAGAGGCUCCAAUCUCUGAGUCCAUCAAGCGCUGGCAAAAGCGUCAGCAGGGAGACCAGGGAAAUCUCGACGAUCAGUCGACGACAAUGCAAAACAACACCACCGCUGGUGAUGGAAGGCUCGGCGAGGGCAGUGCAGAUGCCACCUUUAUGACUGCAGCAGAUGCAAGUUUCGCAAGCUUGAAGGCAACUCCACGCCGUAAAAGCAUGGCUCCAUCGCUAACACCCGGAACUACCUCAACUAUCAAGCAGAGCAAUCUGCCUGCUAGUCGUGGAAAUGCUGCUGCAGGGACAAGAGGAAGUAGAGGAAGUGUCAGCAGCCGUGGUUCGAGAGGAAGUGGUCUACCACGGGGUAGAGCGAGGGGAAGUAAGUAGGCGACGGUGUCAUCGAGUUGCAGUCUCACGACAUCAUGGCCUUUUGUUCUCGCCGAGAGAGUCCAUUAGGGCUCUUCUACGACGCCGAGAUACUAAUUCAUCAACCCCAUACGCCAGAUUCGUGGAUGGAAUCUGUCCGGCCAGACUUGUUCUUUAAGCUGUCCUGCCAUGCACAAUUAGAAAAGGGGGACUUCUCUUCUAGCGCUUGUCAUCUCCAGAGCCUGUUAGCCACCAUUAUCCGUCGACAGGCCGUCCCAGUCGACAACACCAUCAUCUCCCAAGGACGAACCCUUGAAAGCGAGACAAAGAUUCCCUGCGUACAGACCACCGGAAGACGUCGAGGUCCAAAAGCCCCAUCCAUCACACGUACGACUUCCAAAGCUUUAUCUCACUCAACACCCUCCUCCUCGCACUCCUCCUUCUUACCUCCGUCUUGUCAAUAUUGUGUUAAGAUGGAAGAGCUCCAACCAAACAUGACUUUGUUUCAGUACGAGGUCGUCUACAAAGGAAGGUUGAGUGACAAAUUCGAGGCGUUUUUUGAGAACAUAUUCCGAGUCGCGGCACUCGAUUGGGCUUUGGCUCACAAAAUCAAUGCUCGUGUGACAGGGCUCCUGGAGACUUUGGAAACGGGUACCAGGGACUCUGAGGACUUGGAUCAGGCUCAGAAAGAGGAAGCUGCGGAUGACUUGGCCUUGUACGUAGGUUACCAAGACAAAGCCAUUGCGGCGCACGUCCAGGCCCAGUUCAUUAUCCAGGCGUGCGCUAAGCUCUUCGUCUUCAUGAUGUCGGUUCGCUACACUGAUGAGAAUGGAGUCCGCUUGCCGCCACAAAGCCCAGGACAGUCGCACUGGUGGACUUAUGAGUUCAUCGACUUGGUAUCAAAGGCUCAAGAGGCGAUGUGGGAUGAUGAUGAUAUCGACACCGCCUUCAACGACAUUCCUGAAGAGCUCUUUUCUUACCCUUGAAGAAGGCGUUCGACCAGGGUACACGGAGAGUCGAGGGCGGGUUGCAGUCCAUGACGACCUACUCGGUAGAAGUUAACGAUUUGCUUUUUCUGGUACUGGCCCAGUGCUGGUGAGGCUGUGAGACCCUCAAAGAAAGCGAUGAAGAGAGAGGCCGUUGGGUUGAGAGGAAAUGGACGCCAUCUUCAGCAACGUGCUUGGAGGAGCGGGCUGGAUUUGCAGGCGACGCGGUGUGGAGAUGGUCGGUUACCGCCAAAGAGUCUAGACCUUGAUAUGCAAGGCUGCGAC